GCCCUUUGCGCACAACAGGAAUCAGAAUCCGGAAGCGACUGUACCCGUCGGGCGAACGCAAUCCAACAUGCAGGAUCCACGGAAUCUGUUUUAGUAUAUAUUUUAUUUUGAACAUUUUAGCAAGAUCUAAUCUGAAUGAUGGGCUCGUCUCUGGCUCCAGUGAUCAUUGGAUUGAUUUUAUUGCAGAUCCACAAAAACUCAGAAUGUCAUACAAUAGAGGUGACCCCUGACCCCGGCACCAUAGUGACCUUCAGUAAGAAGGCUGCACAGGCAGCGGACUGCAGUGUUUGUAAUGGUGAGGGCCCUUCUCAAACCUGUAGCUCAGAACUGACACUUACAGAACCUCAAACCACCACUGUGAACUUCAACUGCUCCCAACCGGGUGAUGUCUUUACUUUGGAAAUCAACCAAGAAAUCGAUUGCUCUUUGGGCUGCGACAACAUCGACGUCACACAUCCGGAUACUACCCGAUUCAUAGAGUUCACUAGAAUGUUCACUUGGGACCUAAAAGUGCAGUCAACCAAGAUGGUCCAACUGGACUUCCCAGCCCCAGGAAUGAGGCAGAUUAAGCCUUUAGAACUUUGUCCAAACAAGCACACAUACACCCUCCUUACGUACCAGCGCUCAGGACCCACCACCAUUGGCACGUUUUGUCGAAAUGGUACUAUCAGUCGUAUCAAGGUUCUCUAUAAGGGACGUGUAUCUUUGGAGGUUGCCAAAGGUACAGACCUGAACCCAUCUGACUUUAAAGUGUCCAUUGGACCAGAGACAAAAGCAUUGGUUGAGGUGGAUGCCAAGCUGCCCAGAGGACAGUCACUUACGUACUUCUUCACACCAAACUACGCCAUAGGACUUUUCAGUGACGAAAGAAUAAAGUGGAACUUUGCUGUUGAGCCCAUGCACAAUUCUACCAUCCUCUUUCAAGAUUAUACUGCACCAGAAUGCCAAAAGAAGGCUCUCUUAAUUGAGUAUACACUGGGGGAUAAGACUGUGCUCACAAAGACCUUAAAGGAUGAUCAGCCGGCCAAUAAACAGGGAGAUUUCAGCCUGACUUUGGCCAAUUGUGAUCAAAAGAAAGGGACAAAAGGGUUUUCAUUGAACUUCAAUGUGUCUGUGAUUCGGGGUGGGAGCCCAUAUCUUUGCACUGUGGAUCUCCAGAACGAGGACGGAUUGAGCCUCCAAAUAGAAAAUAAAAACCCAAAGUCUUACUGUGAAAUGAAAAUGAACUCUGUGGUGCAAGAGAAUAUAGUGGUACCUGCGGGAACCAAAGCUGACUUGUCCUUCCUUGACUGCCCCGUUGAGGAACUGCAGCUAACGGGCACCAAAAUGAUAGAGUGUCUGAGUGGGUCGACCUGUGCAAUGAGUGGGACUGCCCUAAACAUUCCAACCCUGGACACUACAUUGCCUGUCCCCCUUCAACGGUUUACUUGGGUUCUCCGUGUACCAGAUCAUAGAACUGUGGAUCUCUCCUUACCUCAGGGAAACCUACACCAAUCUGUACUGGAGAAGGAAUGCUACGAAAGAGUAUCCCUACUUGUUUCUGAGAGUGAUGGCUCUAACAUCGGCCAGUUUUGCGCCAUUGCUGAUAGUGCUAUCCAAAAAAUCCAGAUCAAAGCGAAUGUUUCCAUUACCGCAGUGCCUAAAAGUACAAAGGACCUGAGCCAGGACAAAGGAGCCUUCUUAAAGGUCACCUUGGGUCCAGAGAUCUUAGAGAAUGUGGUCUACACCAUUUCUCCACUUGAUUCGAAACCCACAUACCUUGCAACACCCAACUGGCCCGAUGGUAUGAAGCCUUCUUCCACCGUCACAUGGAUCGUGAAUGUUCCCCAGGAGUACCGGGCAGAGCUGCAGUUCACCAACGUCAGUAUGCCCAAGUGUGACCCACGGCACACCGCUGUUGAGAUCCGACCGCUGAACUCAAAUGGGCAAUUGCCGUCCUGGAGAGAAGAUCAAAUUGUCCCCAACAUGUACAUCCAACAACAGAGCUUCUACCUUAAUAUGUCCAACUGUGAGCCUAAAAGUGGCAGCUUUGCUGUGCUCUCAAAGGUCACUCUGCAGAAGGAAACCAAACAUUUCAUAGGAAUUAUCUUGGCUGUAGUUGGGGGGCUGCUGAUCCUGCUAAUCAUUGCACUUAUUGUAGGUUGCGUUAUUCGAAAGAAAAAGAAACCUAAGGCCAACAGGUCUUCCAUCUUUAUGCCCAGAGGGAAUGCCUUCCUUCCGGGUAAUGCUAACUUCCCCAAAACCAGAGCAGACAACGAGUCCCACGUCUAUGCCUCCAUUGAAGAGCCCAUGAUGUACGGACAUCUUCUGGACAAGGACCAACCUGCAGCGAAUGAUGACAAUGGAGCCUGGAGCAACGGACAUCAAGUGGACAUGUACCGUCCAUUUAUGGGACCCACAGACCUAAUCCCAGUGAUUACAGAAUCUCUGGGGGAUUAUGCAUUGGACAGAGGGAAAGAAAGAGGAGGGGACAGCUCGUUCCUAAACCCAUCCAACACCUUUAUGCCUGGGAGGCCUUGUAUGCCGCAGCUAUCGCAGAGCAGCUUAAGUUUCGAAGAUCGUAGGAUGAUGACCAAUGAGCUAAACACUUUUAAGAGUUUUGGCGAUAUAAAUCCCAUUCGUCUGUCUACUGAAGGAUCCAGAUUACAACCGCAACUAGAUUCAGACUCUGAUUCGUGUGCUGAACCAGAAUACGAGGUGGCUAAUUAAGGAAAGAACAAGACUUGAUGAGUAGCUAAUGUAUACGAGCAUUCUCAAGCUCGUUAAAAAGCUGCAGAACUAUUUGACGUACAAUUUGACGUUCACAUUGUCGUGUAAUUCCAUUAAAACAAAAAUGGCAUCAGCAACAAGCCUCCACACACACACACACACACACACACUCAGACAAUGUGUGUGAUUGAUUUUUAUCUGCACAGCUUUGAACUGAUGCUAAACGUUGACCGCUCUCUCGCCGCCCUAGUGGUCAUACUUGUAAUUUACAUGUAAAAUAUAUCUAAAUUCUGGUUUUAAAUAUUUUUUAACAGCCUUUUAGCCUGAAUGUACAUAAUUAACGCUCUUAUUGGAGCUACUCAAGAACUGAAAUCCCUUGUGGAAGUGUUGUGACUUUCUCUAAGGGACAUUUUUGUUUUAACAGUGAUAGUCUGGUUUACUGUGUGAAUUUGCCUCCUAGUUUCAGAUGUAUUGUAUUUGUCCAUUCAAUUUUGCUAUUCUGUAUGUUUAUCCCAUUGAUAUCCUAAAAUAAAUAGCCUUUCCUUUACGGUAAGGAUAUAUUAAUAUAAUUGAUAUCUAAUAUUUGGCUCUUGGGGAUUCUGUGGAGUGGAUUUAAACAGUAAA